AUGCGUGGGACUUUCGUUCUUUCUCUGCUUUCGGCGCUGGGCGCCUCAGCUUCGCUCCUCAAGUCCAACCUCAAAAGUAAUGUCGACGUGCUGGCGCUCGACUAUGCCUUCAACCCCGUAAAGGCAGCGUACUGGACCGGCUACCCCCACCACCGCCGUACCCCAUUCUCCGUCUCGCCUGACGGAAAGUCCGCAUAUAUCGCGUACCUUGAUUCCAGUGCGACCGAUGUCCACGUCCAGCAAUUGGACCCCGAAACCUUCACAGCUACCGGAACCACCGUCACCAUCAGCGGCGGAAAGGAAGCUGGUGGUCUCGUCGCCCACAACGAUGGUUUCGCCCUUUUAACCAACGAGGCCAUGCCCUCAGGAACAACCAACGCCCCACCAAGCGACAUCCCAGUCCCAGUCCUGUACCGCUACACCAGCGGGAAGCAAACCUUCAAGACCUGGCUGGGCGGGCCAGACGUUCAUACCUCGGACGGCCGCUCCGCCUCGCCUGACAUGAACGGCGACCUCGUCUACUCUGAAGAAGCAGGCCUUUACGGCGCCUACUUCGUAGUAACAAACUACUCAGGCGACGCAUCUGGCCACUUCGGUGACAGCAUCGAAUACGCUUCAACAAACGGAGCCCUGGUCACAAUCACCGGCGCCUCCAGCUCCUGGGGCUGCAGCCACAACACGGGUAUUGCCUUUGAAGCCGCGGACGCUGCUCCCUUUGCCAGUAUCUGCGCCGAGGACCAGGGUGCUAUCUGGCUCAAUACCAAGACUCAGGGUAUGAAUACCGACGGUGUUAAGAUUUCCAACGAGAAUACCACCAACGGUGCCGGUGGUGAGGCUAUGGGUGGUAUGUCUGGUAGUUACAGUGCUCUUGCGCGCUUUGCCGAGACGACGAAGUAUAUCUUUGCCUGGGUUUCCCGUGGUGCUAUGGAUGUGACUGAGAACGAGUGGAUGGGAUCUGGAUAUACAAAUGUGCAGAACCGGACUAAUGGGCGCAAUGUUGCUAUUUCGUUGUUCUCGGAUAAGUAUACCAAGGUUGGUGCACAGGCUACUUCUGUUGUUGGCACCGAGGAUGGUGAUAGCCAGGUCAACUGGGUGACGAAUGGAUCGAAUGACUGCUCUAAUGCUCAUACUGCUACCUUUGGCAGUGAUAAUGCUGUUGUUUCUUGGGAGGAGAUCUCCAACCCUACUUGUGAUUUCAUUGCUAUGGGUUGUCGGGGUACUUUUGCUGGUACUUUCUUCCAGCAGGUUGAUUCCACUGGCGCGAAGGUUGGUGACGCAAUCUCCAGUGAGGAUGUCUAUGUAGCUGGUGAUAUGGUUACUAUGUCUGGUGGUCGUAUUUGCUGGCCUUAUGUUAGCAUGAUUUGGAAUCUGUCGCAGGCUGUCGAUGACUCUGCUUCUGGGUCUAGUACUAAGAAGAUGAGUAUCGCUUGCCUGAGCCUUCAGGAUGUUGACUCUUCUGUUGCUUCCUCUGCUUCGUCUACCUCGUCUGCUACGGUUGCUGGUACUAUUAAUGCUGCCUCUGUUACUUCUACUUCUACUGCCGCCGCUGCCACUGCCUCCGUAGAUGCCUCUUCCAACGUCGCAACUGAGGCUUCUGACGCCUCAGCUAGCGCCUCGGCUGACGUCGCUUCCGUUGUGGUUCCUGCCACCUCAUCUGCUGCCGCUCCUGCUGUCUGCGAUGCUACAUCAGGUGUUUCGUCGGAUACUUUGUCCGGGAUUUCCUCCGCUGGGGCCGUCGCUGCCUCAGAGGCCUCAUCUGAAGCCUCAAAUGCUUCUCCUGAGAUUUCCGCUGCUACAUCCGCUACCCCAAUCACCACUGCCGCCUCCGGCAGCACCGAUACAGGCUUCGAAGGAGCCAUUCCCUCUGCCAUCCCCUCUGAGGCCGCCCCUGUCUUCCAGUCGGGUGCUUCCUCCAGCAUCCCGGUUGUAUUCCCCUCUGGCUUCGCUUCCGGUGUCCCUUACGACCUGUUCCUGCCCACUGGCUUGCCUUUGGCUGAGAUAUCCGAUGAGUCUGCGUUCGCUGCUUGCACUGGUACUCCUAAGCAUCGCGGUAACCUCGGUCAUCACUCCCACCAUGGAAAUCUUGGACACCACACUCACCGUGAACACCAUGUUAGCUUGUUUCCUGAUUUCUAG